CCCUCCCCUUCUCAGUCUGGCGUGUGUUGUGUCACAGUGUGGUGUCGCUCGUCCUUCCCACGUUCGAAAUACCAUAAAAUCUGAGAUAACGAGUGCUUCCGGUCUGUUACGCGAGAAUCGGGGUAUUGUAACGGUGGCUUGCACAAGAGGUCACGAGGGAUAGAUAUGCUGUGAGUGUGAGAUUCCAACUUGAGAGGAAGCGCUGUUUGUAUGAGGAGUCGCGGAUUGGAAGAAGCGCAGGGCGUCGUCUGCAUGUUUACAUAGCGCAGUUUGGGACGCGUUCCUCAACCCUCCGUUAUUUGUAACCUCUUCGAGCGACAGGAGAACACGGCGAAGACAAGCUAGACAACAUGGGCAACAUACACACCGUCGGACCAAACGAAGCUCUCGUGGUGUCAGGUGGCUGCUGCGGCGCCACGUCCAAGAAGACCAUCGUCGGCGGCUGGGCGUGGGCGUGGUGGUUCGUGACCGACGUGCAGAGGCUCUCCCUCGAGGUGAUCACGCUAAACCCACGAUGCGAGAAUGUAGAAACCUCCCUGGGUGUACAGGUGACAGUGACGGGCGUAGCACAGGUGAAGGUCAUGAAGGAAGAGAAGGUGUUGAAGAUUGCCUCAGAGCAGUUCCUGGGCAUGUCGAGCGAUGAGAUCAAGGGCACCAUCCUCAUGACGCUCGAGGGCCAUCUCAGGGCCAUCCUGGCCACACUGACGGUAGAGGAAGUGUACCGUGACCGUGACCAGUUUGCAUCCCUUGUAAGAGAAGUGGCUGGAAUGGAUGUUGGAAGAAUGGGUAUUGAGAUUCUGUCCUUUACCAUCAAGGAUGUGUAUGAUCGUGUUGAUUACUUGGCAUCAUUGGGCAAGUCUCAGACAGCUGCAGUAAAGAGGGAUGCUGAUAUUGGUGUGGCUCAGGCAAACAGAGAUGCAGGAAUAAGGGAAGCUGAAGCAGAGAAAGCUGCUAUGGAUGUGAAGUACAACACAGAUACCAAGAUUGAAGACAACGCUCGACUGUACAAAUUGCAGAAGGCUCAGUUUGACCGUGAGAUCAAUACUGCGAAAGCUGAGGCACAGCUGGCAUAUGAACUCCAGGCAGCAAAGACACGACAGAAAAUCCGAAACGAAGAAAUUGCGAUUGAAGUUGUGGAGAGGAGAAAGCAGAUUGAGGUUGAAGAACAAGAAAUUAAGCGAAAAGAGAAAGAGCUGAUGGCUACCAUCCGUCUCCCAGCUGAAGCAGAAAGUUAUCGUGUUGAAACCAUUGCUCAAGGUCGUCGUACUCAGACAGUGGAAGCUGCCAGAGCUGAAGCUGAACGUAUUAAGCGCAUUGGAGAAGCUGAGGCUUAUGCUGUUGAAGCUGUGGGUAAGGCAGAAGCAGAGAGUAUGAAGUUGAAGGCAGUAGCCUUCAAACAGUAUGGUGAUGCAGCUAUUACAGCUAUGGUGCUUGAGAGCCUGCCACAGAUUGCUGCUGAAGUUGCUGCUCCUCUGGCCAAGACUGAGGAGAUUGUGAUGGUUGGUGGGGGAGACACUGUGAGCAAUGCCAUCAACAAGAUAUGCAGUGAAUUGCCACCUGCUGUCCAUGCUCUAACUGGUGUUGAUCUUACGAAGGUGCUAAGCAAAGUACCAGGUGCAACUAUCACCCAACCCACAGCAGCUCCACGCGUGGCCCCAACAGCAGUGUAAGGCUCCACUUGACAGGGAUAUCUAUGUAUCCAGUGGAAGGACACCUAGAGAACUACUAUUAGAAAUAAGAUAUAACUUUCUCCAUAGAUGUAACAAAUUAAAUGGCACAGUUUUAUCGAGAAAUGGUUAUUUACAGGAUACUAGAGUAAUGCCAAACUCAUUGAUACUGAGUAGUUAAUUCACAAAGAAAGAGGCAGUAUGCAUCAUAUGAGUUUUUUGUUUGUUCAGUCUUUAUUGAUGGAAGUUGAUUAUAUGAGAUACAGAAUAACUUUUUUCUUUUGCAUAAUGUUUAUUUAGAAAAAAAUAACCGUUUUUUUCCCCAAUGGUUGGGUAUUUUAAUUUUUAAAUUUUUUUGAAACAAAAUGAUUUAUUUUAUAAUUUGUAGGUUAGAUGAUGGUAAGGUAAUUCUCAGGAUCUUGUAUAACAAAUUAAGUCUAAAGAAAGUUUGUUUAUGUUUUCAUUUCCAUGUAAAAUAUCCUCCUAUUUCUGAAUAUGUCACAGCCUGCAGGAGGAGAGACUUCUGAAGGGCAGCAAACUGCAUUUGUGGAUAGUAAAUGCAGCAGUUGUUGCUCUGUUAGACUGAUUUCUUUUUAUGUUGCAGGUUUAUAUAUUAGUACAGCAUUUGUGUUGUCUUUAUAAGUUAUUUAUUGUUGUUAUAACUAAGGUCUCAAAAUUUGUUUUGUAUCUAUGCAGUGAUUGUGCUGUAUGGCUUUUUUUUUUUUUUUUUACAAGUAGGAGGAUACAAAUUAAGGUGGUAGAAAUCUGCCACAAGAAAUCAUCAAUAAUUGCAUUUGUUUAUAUUUUAGUCACUCUGUGUUUAGCUACAGUGAUAGCCAAAGUAUUUCUUGUAACUAUGGCACCUUAACUUGUUUUACAGUUCUAGUCCACAGGAAAUGUUACCUUUCAAUAAAUGAUUAUGGUUGAAGGAAUAUGCAAUUAGAUCACAUUAUUGUGCAUUUAUAUUUUUGAAAGUUUUAAAUAUUAAAUAUAUAUAUGUAUAUAUAUAUAUAUAUAUAUAUAUAUAUAUAUAUAUAUAUCACAAGAAUAAAAGGAAAUUAAUUGCAAAUAUGCUUCAUCUAAAUACUUUUUGUAGUGGAACUGGUAUUGCAAAACUUGCCAUUAGAUUGUCAGUACACAAUCAGUAGUCACAAAAGAGAAAAAGGAAAAUAAAAUGAAAGCUGCUACAAUCAUUUUACUUAUGAUGUGCUACACUAAUAGAUCUAAGGAACAUUUUUUAGGUCACUGCCAGAUGUAAUGUGCUUUUUAGAGUAUUUUCUCCUAUAGAUUUUGUUAUAUUUUUUUUUUUCAUUUCUAGAGGAUUUGGGGAUUUGAAUCUUAAAAGUUGCCAAAAAUUGCUGAUGACUGUCAUACUGUUUAUUUUUGGAAAAAAAAGGAACAAAAACAAAUAUUUUUGGGUUAUACAGUUUGGGUAUACAUGUGAAUGAAUGAUUUUGUAGAACAAAAUAUAAAGUUUGUCAAUCACAAGUUCCACAUAAAUAUUUCACCAGAACUAGGAACAGAGUUUGGUCUUUGAAAUUAUUCAUUUUCAUUGAUAACUUUCUCAAUAAUUUGCUAUGAACCCUCUUGAACCAUAUUUUGUAUUUGUUCAUUUUUAAGAUAUCAUUAUUUACUUCAAAUGCUUUAUUUAGUUGUAUUAGACUUAUGAUUCCCAAAUUAUACACUGUCUAGCUUCAUAUGUAAUAGGUUUAUUUUUGCUAUCAUGUGUUCCCCAUAUAUAUUAUCUUGAAUGUAUUAUUCUGAAACACAUCUACUCUUUUCACUCCACACUUGCAUUUUAGUAGGUGAGGUUUCACUCUAGUCUAUGCUGAUUACAUGUGCCCAGUGCUAAAUAUUGUUUAAUGGAGAUAUUCAACCAUUCUUUUCAGUCCACAAAGAGGUCUUGUCACACAGCCCUUUCAUUUAGUCCAUAGAAAUGCUGUAAUAAGUGCAAAGAUACUUUUGAUAUGUAUUUUUGACUUUAAGCAAUUCAAAUGUGAUAAGAAGAUGAUGAAAUUCUCAAUAUAGUGUAUAUGGAGGUCCACUUUCCUGCAUGAGUCAAGGAAUUAUUAUUUUGAUGUAGAACUAUUUCAAUCUGUUCUUGGAUAUACACAAUUUAACUGGUAUUCCCUUCAUUUGAAGGAAUGAAAGCAUCACUUACAGAUACUCAAAUAUAGGGCCUAAUACAUGAACUUUGUUUCAUUCUUAUAUUUUUUGGCCAAAUAACCAAGGUUUAGACAAUUGAAAUAGAGGACUGUGUAUGCUUUUGCCAGUAAAUUGCCUUUUUUUUAACCUUUUGAUAUUUUCUUGUGAGAGUAUAUAUUAAUUUUAGAACAUUAGUACAAAGCAAAGUCAGAGUGAUGUGCUUAGUCCCCAUGGGUUUAAGAUAGUAGAUCAAUUGAAAAGCCAUUAUUAUGGAAAUAGAGAUCUUAGAAGAAUUUUGUUCAGUCAUUAACUUCAGAUGGCCUUGUUAUUUGUAAGUCACUGUAGCAUUUUAAAGAUUUUCCCCAUAAAAUCUAAAAAAAUAGUUUUUCCUUACUUGUGCAUUGUGUUUCUUUAUGUAAGUAUACAGUAUUUUGUAAAAGACAUUUGAACAUCUUGCAGUAGUGGAAGAUUUAUGAUAUACCCUAACAGACGAAUCCCACUAGUGCCUGUGCAAUUUACAGUAAAUGGCGUCAUAUUUAGCCAGUACUAUUGUAUCUACAUCUUUUUAAUAUUUCCAAACUGAGGUCACUUGCCAGUAUGUGGAGUGCUUUGAUAUGAUGUUUACCAGAAUCUGUUAUGAGAUUAUGGUGUACAUGCCCUGUUAACUGUUGUACUAUUGUAAAACACAUGUGAAGCUCUAGAAUGUGCUAUGUACAUUUUGUUUGUAUAAUGUUUAAAAAGUAUACAUACUUAUAAUUGAA